UUUACGACUCGGAUGCUUCCCUUUCUCUCCCACGCAGCAACAGAUUCCCAAGAUGUCGAACCUAGUAGAUUCGAUCCUCAACUCAGACGCCUUUGGCGCGACACCUUCCUCACCGCGGCGCACACAGAAUAAUAUCCCUUCCUCGUCACGGCCGAGACCGGCCCCUUCAGAAAGCAAUGGCAUGCCCUCAGAAGCAGACAUCUUCCCGGAUGAUGAAAUUGUCGGGGUAGCACGCGGCCGCAACAGAAAUCCACUCGACCGAAAUGUCUCCCAGGUGGCAGAUCGUGCAGGAGAAAGAGUGCAACAAGCCUUUGAAGAUUUUCUCGAAUCACACAUUGAAGAGCCGUCCUCCUCGGCAUUACCGCCUUCGAGUGAGUUGAAGACAGACAAGUACUAUAUCAACCAGAUUCACGGAUUGCGGGAAUUCCAGCUGUCUACUCUUUACGUGGACUAUCGACACUUAUUGUCGUAUAAGGAGGGCCCCAUUCUCGCAGAUGCAAUUGCAAGCCAAUACUAUCGCUUUCUACCGUUCUUGACAAAGGCGCUGCACAAUUUGUUGGCGAAGUAUGAGCCAAUAUACUUCAAGGAUCACCGACAGAUGACGAGCAAUGCUUCGCAGGCUGGUGCUUCGAUGGCUGGCAAUGCAACCAGCGAAGCAAACAGUCAAGGCGAGAUGACCCUGAAUCAGCAGACCGACAAACUGUUCACAUUGGCAUUUUACAACCUGCCACUUGUAUCUCGAGUCCGGCAAUUGAGAACUGAUCAAAUUGGAAAGUUGCUGUCCAUUUCAGGCACAGUCACAAGAACGUCUGAAGUGCGUCCAGAGCUGGCUCUGGGCACCUUCAUCUGCGAAGCCUGCAACACAACUGUGCCUAAUGUUGAGCAAACCUUUAGAUACACCGAGCCAAAUGUGUGUCCCAACUUGACCUGUGGCAAUAAAGUCGCAUGGCGAUUGGACAUCCGAAACAGCACGUUUGUCGACUGGCAAAGAUGUCGCAUCCAGGAGAACAGUUCAGAAAUCCCCACCGGAAGCAUGCCGCGUACAAUGGACGUUAUUCUUCGAGGAGAACAAGUUGAGCGCACUAAGCCUGGCGAGAAGUGUAUAUUCAGCGGCACUUUGAUCGUGGUGCCAGAUGUAUCUCAACUUGGAAUACCUGGUGUCAGACCGGAAGCCUCCAAGGAUAACAGAAACUUCCGAGGUGCCGAUGCUGGCGGUGCAGGUGUGACUGGCCUCAAAGCCUUGGGUGUGAGAGACCUGACAUACCGCAUGGCAUUCUUGGCCUGCUUCUCUUGCCCUGACACUACGACUCCUGGUCAAACAGCAAAUCAAUUAAAUGGCCAGUCAACCAAUAUUCUCAACUCGCUCCAUCAGACAGACUUGUUCGAUCAAUACGACAGCGGCGAGCGAGCUCAAGAAGCCUACCUAGAGACUCUGACACACGAAGAAAUCGAGGAUCUGAAGUACAUGGUCCACUCAGACAAGAUUUACAGCAGACUUGUCCAGAGCAUCGCACCGAUGGUCUACGGCCAUGAAAUCAUCAAGAAAGGUCUUCUUCUCCAGCUCCUUGGAGGCGUAUCGAAGAAGACUCCCGAAGGCAUGGCUUUGCGAGGUGACAUCAACAUCUGCAUUGUCGGGGACCCGUCGACUUCGAAAUCCCAAUUCCUCAAGUACAUCUCCUCCUUCCAGCCUCGCGCCGUCUACACUUCCGGCAAGGCCUCGAGUGCCGCCGGUCUGACCGCCGCCGUUGUCAAGGACGAAGAAACAGGCGAACACACCAUCGAAGCCGGCGCACUAAUGCUCUCUGACUCAGGAACCUGCUGCAUCGACGAGUUCGACAAGAUGGACAUAUCCGACCAGGUGGCCAUCCACGAAGCCAUGGAACAGCAAACCAUAUCCAUCGCAAAGGCCGGCAUCCACGCCACGCUCAACGCGCGCACGAGUAUCCUCGCCGCCGCAAACCCCAUCGGAGGCCGGUAUAAUCGCAAAACCACCCUGCGCGCUAACAUCAAUAUGUCGGCGCCCAUCAUGUCCAGGUUCGAUCUGUUCUUCGUUGUCCUCGACGAGUGCAACGAGAAUAUCGACCGGCAUCUCGCCGAGCAUAUCGUCAAUCUGCACAUGCUGAAGGAUGACUUUGUGCAGCCGGAGUUCUCGACGGAGCAGUUGCAGCGGUAUAUUCGGUUCGCGCGGACGUUCAAGCCCAAAUUCACGCCCGAGGCGAUGAAUUUGCUCGUGCAGAAGUACAAGGAACUUCGAGCGAACGACGCAGGCGGAUUGGGCAGGAAUAGUUACCGCAUCACGGUCAGACAAUUGGAGUCGCUGAUCCGGUUGUCCGAAGCAAUCGCCAAAGCCAAUUGUGUCGAAGACAUCACGGUGCCCAUGGUCCUCGAGGCGUUCGACUUGUUGAAACAGUCCAUCAUCACGGUCGAAAAAGAUGACGUGGAUGUCGACGAUGACGAGGAACCUGCACAGCAAGAAUCCCACGGAGAUGGUGAUAGUCCGAUGGCUGAAGGCGAGCACGACCACGAACACGAACACGACGAAGACCAGCGGCAGCGUCGCGCUGACGGCACACCCGCGCCCGGUAGAGUCACCACGAAAAUCACGUUCGAAAAGUACCACCAGAUCCAGAAUCUGUUGGCAUCGCAUAUCCGCGACGAGGAGGAUCGGACCGGCGAGGGUCCCGAGCAUGAUGAAUUGUUGGUCUGGUAUCUAGAGCAGAUCGAGGAGAGCAUCUCGAAUGAAGACGAGUUGAACGCUGAGCGGUCCUUGGCCAAGAAGGUCCUGAAACGGAUGGUCAAGGACAACGUCAUCAUUCCGAUUCGCGGUGAAGGUCUGGUUGACGAUGAGCAGAGCCAGGACGCGGCUACUACGAGCUCAAAAGUCUCUUAUGCUUUGCAUCCCAAUUGUGGCAUUUUUGAUGAUGAUUGAGCGGUGGCCGAGCCUGGGUUAAUUCGUAAAUACGAGAGUGUGUUUUGAUGAAGAAUGAUGGGAUGCUACAGGCAGGCUUGUGACUGAAGCGUUUUGCAUGUUGUGCUCGACGAGGGGAGUCAUGGCGUAUUUUGAGGUCCAUCAAGGUCACGCUCGCAUGUGAGGUCCUCCGCAACGCGAGGCGCGAGGCGUCGUGUCUUAUGAACAAAUCCAUGUGUAGGUUAUUGGUGCCAGGCGACACAACGCCUUCAUGAACAAGUUGCUUUGCCAUUGAAAGUGAAGCAUCGCAUCUCAAUCA